CGGUGAAUAGCCUGGGCCAUCUGAGUGUGUGCACCCAGGGGUGGGUCCGUGGCUGUCUCUGAGUAGUUAUGGCCUUGCACGGGUAUAGACCCUGCUACUGGUAUCACAAGAUUCGGUGGAAGCCUAUGUCCGGGGAGGGGCCCUGGAUCACGGCAAUACUCAACUACGAUGGGGGAGACGAGAUAAGACUGAGGAUUAACGUGGAGGGGGGAAAAGAGGAGGAGAUGCGGACUGAUGGAAGGCUACAGAACACUAUCACAGAGACGAAAGACCGUGUGGAGGGGCGCUGCAGAAGGGACGGCGUGACGACGAAAAUGCAGGUAACGGUCUCGUAUCAUGAGACCGAGACCUCGAUGGAGACGGCGGAUUGGGAGCAGGCCCACCUGGAACGGGACUCAGGUGGGGAGAGCGAGAUGAGCGAGGCGGAGGAUCGGGAGACGGACCUCAGGUCCUGGAAUAGACCAGGCGAGAUCGAGAGGCAUCACCGGACGGUGAAGCCAGUGGAGCGCGGACCCGAGGCCAGCUCUCAUCAACCGGCGCCCAGAGGCCGAGGGACGGGAGAGAGACAAGGCAGAGGAAAAGGACGUGUGUGAAGGGGGCAAGUGAGCUGUGAGGCGGCUACAGGGACACACGAGGCACAGUCGAAGGCACGUGAAGUGAGCGAGAGGAGGGAUUUUGGCAAGCGUAGCGGGGUCGAGGUCAACGCGCAACAGUACGGUCUCUGAGGACGGGAGACAAGAAAGGGGGAAUGAGUGGCCGACAGAGGGCAAGCUACACGUGGCAGCCCGAGGAGAGAGGGGGAGUCAACAAAUGUGGGCGAGUUGC